AUGAGCGAACCAGUUGUUGUAUUGGAAAGAGACCAGCUCUACUAUACCGAGGGAGCGGAUUGUGUCAUCAGGGUGGAAAGCACACUGUUCAGGGUACGCCUGCGGCCGCCGACCCAUUCCACCCUUCCGGUAGGUGACACGCGUGAACGUGUCAGUCAGGAAGGGUACAGCGACCAUAACCCCAUACAUCUAUGUGGAGAGACUACGGAAAGCUUUCGUGCCUUGCUUUCCGUCCUUUAUGCACUGCCACAUGAAAUAGCUGCUUUUAACAGUGCCUCAGCGGAUAUCUCCGCGUUGCUCACCAUCGCUGCUGUCACGAACAAAUAUCAUUUCAAUUCAACCUCGGCGUGGGCUAUCUCGGCUGUCCAUUCUGUCAUUUCGGAAGAAUAUGGGAAGCCCACACAUCCGCUUGCGAAUCUAUCCACCGCACCCUCAUCUGCGCUGACACGCAUUCUCGAGGUCGCCCUCUGUUGUGGUCAUUCUGGCGUCGUGGAUCAGGUCGUGGAACGCUGGUGUGACCGCAUUGAACGGGGGCGGAUUGAUCCUAGACCCGCGAUGCACACAGCAGACAAGUAUGAUCUUUGUCGGCUGAAGGGCAUCGCGUACUACAUGCAACUCAUGGAUGACGACUUGGGCAUGGACGACAUUGCCGAGGGAGAACCAGAAGAAGACGAUAGUUUUAUGCAGAUCACGUUCCCCCAGCAAAUCCGCCUGCUGAACGGCUUCCACUCCCUCGUCCGUCUGUGGCAGCGCCUCGCUGUUGGCCCGCCGCCGCCGUUCCCGAAACCCGAUGGCUGCACAUACCACGUGCACGGGUGCAUCGCGACAUUCGCUGCGCUGUGGAAGGAGGUGGCGCGCAGCGAGCGGACGCUGUCCUUCGGGCCGUGGGACGUCCUCGGGCGGUUGCGGAGCGUAGAGGAACAGCUGAACUGCAGCUCAGACUUCUCUCUGGCACUGAGCCCGGUGUGCAAGCGGGCAGCGCUGCUGGCGAUUAGAGACUUGAGGAAAGAGAUGCGCGAGGGGCUCGCGGGCCGGUUCGUGAAUAUUGCCGCGACAACAGUUGGCGGGUUAGGUGCGACAUGA